AACAAAAGCCAGCAAGGCAAAAGAAGAACACAAGUAGAAGAGAAGAACUGGAAAACCAAAGCAGCUAACAAAUUACAGCAGUGUGUCCCUCCUAAUUUUGCAGUAGACUGCUUCCAUGGCUUCUCCUCCUUCCUCUACUGAAACCGACAGACCGCAUUUCAAGCCUACCGUAUCUCUCUACGAUUGGUGGCUCGUCAAAUCCCAAGACAACCACGGAAACAAUAGACUCGCCGUCGCCGGCGUUUCUUCCGCUCCGCAAGAGAGAGUGUUUUACUCUGCGCCCAUAUGUAAAAAACACGAUGUUUUCACCCUGGAGACAACCGAUGGUGUAAUCAUUAGUCUUAAUGGGACUUUUAACAAGCAGCAGGCUAUUGCAAGUGGGUUUCCUGAUGAGGUUGCCAUGCAUUUUCAAUUGGGAUUUUAUACAGGCUGGGAAAAAGGUGUUGCAGAGUUAUUGGAACAAGAUUUUGACACUACUGGUGUUUCUGGAAGAAUAUCUGAUUCGGGUUCAGAAGGUCCUACUUCAGUGCGUUUUUCUCAAGAAGAAACUCGAACUCCUUAUGAGCAUGUUGGAUCAACUUAUUUUCAGUGGAUUGGUAGAUCAAAGAAUCUGGAAGUCAAUCAGAAGAACCCAAUGUCUGUAUGCUCUAUGAAGCAUAAAAGUGCUAAGUUGCUUCCUUCAUUAGAUGCCUUUGAGAAUGUAGGAGAAGCGUUAGGUGCAGCUGUUCAGUCAGGGGGUGGAAAUAGUGAAGCCAAGAGAUGUCUGAGCAAUUAUAUACACCGGGUGAGCAGAUUUUUGUCAGAGUUUUGGAGCAAAUGGAUGAACCAGCAAAUGGUUGGCAAUGGUUUGAACUCCGAAAAUAAGACUACUGACUCUGUUCUAACAGUAUCAAAAACUGUAAACAAUUCUUUACAAACUGAUGAAUGUGAAGUAGGAGAGAAAGGCGUGGAAAGUUCUUGUCUAACUUCUUUGCAUCUUUCUCUAGAAGAAGGUUCACAUGAGCAAGUGUCUUGUGAAGAGAUGUGUGAUUCUGAAUUUCCGGAACAGUUGUCUUCAAGGCAGUCCUUGAAUAACUCACCUAAUGACAUGGUUAACCAUGCAGUUGAGGAGGAAACAGACACAGAGGAUUUCAUAUCAACUGCUUUGCAGUCUAUUGGGAUACCAAGGACUCUAGAAGAAAAUGAGAAGAACCCAGAAUAUGGAUGCUCAAUCAAGCUUAGUAGUACAAGUUUUAGUGCUUCAGUAGAUGUAGGUGUAGUAGCGUCAGGUGUAACAAUUCCGUUGGCGGGUGAAAUUAAUGUAUCAAAGACAUGUCCGAGAAAUCCUGGAGGCAGAGUAUCUGGAGAUUUGUCAAUAAUUACAAGAAGCAAAGGUGAGACGAAGCAAAUUGUUGGCAAUGGAUUGAACUCUGAACAAAAUACAGUGGACUCUGUACCAGCAGUUGAAUCAGUGAGCACUACUUCACAAAGUGUGGAUUAUGAAGUUGGAGGGAGACAGAUGUUUGAAUCGUUUCUCUCUUGUUGUCAAAGGGCUGAAGGUCUAAUUAAUUCUAGUCCAACUUUUGUGCAUUUUGCUCGCGAAACUCCUAAUGAGAAGGUCCAUUGUGAAGAUAGGCUUGAUGUUGAAGGUCCAAAACAGAUUACUACAAACCUGUCCUCAGAUAGCACCAUUGAUGACUCAAAAGUUGAUGAUUUAAUGAACCAUGCUGCUGAAGUGGAAUUAGACAUCGAGAAUAUUGGAUUAACUGAGUUUCAGUCUUUUGGGAGACCACAGACAAGAGAAGAAAAUGAGACUGCAACAGAAGCCCUUGAGGUUCAAGAAGAGGUGAACAGUAAAAAAGAGGUAUCUCUUUCCGCUUUAAAGGCGAACACAAAGAAGAAACACGUAUCUGCUUCUUUGGAGGGGAGCAAGAAAAGAACAUCAACUCCUUCGACUCUGGAGGUGAACAAUAAAGAAAAGGUAUCUCUUUCCACUACGAAGGUGAACACAAAGAAAAGAAAGGCAUCUCCUUCCACAUCGAAGGUGAGCAAGAAAAAUAAGUUGAGUCCUUCGACUCUGGAGGUGAAUAAGAAAAGAACAUCAACUCCUUUGACUCUGGAGGUGAACAAUAAAGAAAAGGUAUCUCUUUCCACUACGAAGGUGAACACAAAGAAAAGAAAGGCAUCUCCUUCCACAUCGGAGGUGAGCAAGAAAAAUAAGUUGAGUCCUUCGAUUCUGGAGCUGUAUAGUAUUAUUUCUCCAGAAUCUUUGAGUACCGGGCGGUCAAGAUCAGGCAGACUAUUGCUACGGCCCUUAGAGUUCUGGCGCAACCAGUCACCAGUUUAUGACAAGGAUCAUGGAGUUAUUGGGAUUCAAGAAGAGGUACCUAGAGUAACACGUUCAAGAGGCAGUUUAUCAAAGCCGCGGAAAAGAAAAGGCAAUGGAGGGCGGCAUAGGAAAUUUCGAGGACUUUUGUAUGAUGAAAGCUCAGAGCACAUAGCGCCACUCUUUAGGGGAUGUUCACAACAUAGGGAGAUAUACUUUUAUAAGACAACUAAGUGUCUCGCUUUUACAGAAAUUCAGAAUCAAACUGAAAUAAUACUACCUGAGGUCCUGAAUGCUAACACGGAGUUUUUAUAG